AUGUCUAGACGAAGAUCAUUGUCUCGAUUCGGAAGAAAAGUAAUGUUUCGUAACAGGUCCAAGAGCAAUGAUAGAUCCAAACGACAAAAUUCGAAGGAACGUGGAAGAGCUGAGCGAAUUUCUUUUGAUUAUGAUUUAUCGAAUGUUUGUAAUCAUUUGGAAGCUCUGAUGAAUGCAGCUCGUUAUGGAAACACCGAACUUCUCUAUAAACUUUAUAUACACCAUAUCGAUCUCAGAAUGACUGAUGAAACUGGAAAUACUGCAAUGCAUGUAGCAGUAAUGAACAGUCAACAAAAAAUAGUACGGAUGCUUGUUGUAACUAAUGUGGUUACUGUAGAAUCUUUCAGAAUUCGAGAUGAUUUAAAUGGUCUCGACAAUCCGCCAAGUCCAGUUCCAGAUGGUUUUGUAGACGUGGAUAGUCAUUAUAAUAACCUUCUCGUUAAAGAAAAAAAGUUGUGGAAAGAUGAAGAAAGAGUUCUUCUUUCUCUUGAUGGAGGAGGUAUUCGAGCAGUUAUCACAAUACAAAUGCUUAUUCAUAUUGAUCAUAUGCUUGAUGGAAAGUUGGUUGAAAAGAUAGAUGACUUGGCUGGAACCAGUUGUGGCGGAGUUAUUACUCUUCUUCUCUCCACUAAUAAUAGAAAUAUCGAGGAAACUCGUAAAUUGCUCCUCGAAAUGAGGGAAAGAGUGUUCAUUCGUGGAACUGACAAAACAGUACCGAGAUACAGCUCAACUGGUAUGGAAUAUAUUGCUCGUCAUGUCACAACAUGGGAAGAUUCGAAAAUGGCAGUCAUAAAAAGACAUCGCGCAAUUGUUACAGUAACCGAUACUCGAAUGGUACCUCCACAACUUCUUCUUUUCCGUUCGUACCGUCCAGAAAUGCCAGAAGACGCUUGUGAACAUUAUAAAUUUCUGGAUCCUUCGAAAGUGGAACUGUGGAAAGCUCUUCGGUGUACUACAGCUGCUCCUUACUUUUUCGAGUCAUUCAAUGGCCUUUCGGAUGGUGGUAUUAUCGCUAACAAUCCGACUCUUGCUCUCAUGUCUGAUUUUCUUUUGACGAACAAGUUAGAAAAGUCAUUCGCUAGAACUGAUGAGGACCGAGAAAGUAAAGGAAACUGGAAAAUCGGAUGUGUCAUUUCGUUGGGAACUGGCGUUUUUCCAACUGAGAAGAUUGAUGGAAUCGAUCUGAUCGUUGCUCAUGCAAAAAAUCCGAUCCAAUUCGCAAAGUCAUGUUACAAAGCAGUAACGAGCACUAGAAACUUACUUCAUGUUCUCGUAAAAGAGUGUACUGCUUCCAAUGGUCAACCAGUGAAAUAUGCGAGAGAAUGGUGCCAUUCGAUCAAAACUCCAUAUUUCAGAUUUUCUCCUCAUUUGUCACAAGGAAUUUCGCUGGAUGAAAUUGAUUUAGAGAAAGUAAUGCAGGUGAUGUGGGAGACUGAACUCUACGUUGCUUCUCACCAAAAUCAAUUCGUCAAAUUGGUAAACUUUCUUGCCACUAAGCCUAAAAGAGAGGGAUUCGAUAGUUCAACUAACAUGCCGGAUUCAGACAGUAUGGAACAAUCGAUUUCGGAAAUGACUGAAACUACCACAACGACAACAUUGACAACCACAACUGACACUACAUGA